AGCAACAUCCAUAAGAUCCACCACGCUUCCCCCCUUCGAAAAGAGAAAUCUAACAGAAUUUUGCAGCGCUGUCGAAGGCAUCAUGGUACGAGUGUCCUGUGCUUCACCGGCAGGAUAAUCACUCUUCUUGUGUUUAAAGGAAGAGCCGGCUCACUUAUCCGUGGUUUGUAUUUGCUUUUGCUGCGCAUAUUAGUCCAUUUUGUCGUACAACGGAGCGGCGAUCAUCGCAAUGGCGGGCAAAGAUUGCGUUGGCAUUGCAUGCGAUACCAGACUAGGCAUGCAGGCACAGACAGUGGCCAUGGACUUCCAAAAGGUGUUCCGUGUGACCGACAAGACGUUCCUGGGCCUAGCGGGCCUCGCCACCGACGUGCAGUCAGUGUCGCAGCUACUUAAGUUUAAGAUCAACAUGUACAAGAUGAACGAGGAGCGUGACAUUAAGCCCAAGACGCUGAGUGCGCUGCUGUCCAACAUGAUGUACGAGAAGAGAUUCGGCCCGUGGUUCGUGGAGCCUGUGAUCGCUGGCUUGACAGAGGACAACAAGCCUUUUCUAUCCAGCAUGGACUGCCUUGGAUGUGAGAUGAUGACCAAGGACUUUGUUGUGGCCGGCACUAUGGAGGAGGCGCUUUACGGCAUGUGCGAGUCCAUGUACAAGCCCGACAUGGAGGAGGAGGAUCUUUUCGAGACGCUCUCACAGUGCCUGCUGUCUGCUUGCAACCGCGACGCUCUCUCCGGUUGGGGUGCCGUCGUUCACAUCAUCACACCCAAGGGAAUCACGUCGAAGAAGCUGCAGUCGCGCCAGGAUUAGGCCUCUCAUUGCAGUUUGGUGGUUAUGCCACGGUGUUCUGGAUGAGAUGGGGCGGACUCUGGGCUAGGGGCGUGGGCAAAUAACGCCACAAUAACACUAGGACAGAGCAAUAAAGCCAAAUCGAAUAAACGGCGUAACCACAUGCAGGACUUGCUCCACUCUGGACAUUGUCCCGUAAAUAAAAGUUCGAGUACCAUAAAUAUGAUUGUUUUAGAGGUGGU